UUCUCAAUUUUUUUUAUUUUUACCUAAUAUUUUGGAUUUUGUCCAUUCUUUUAAAAAUCUCCCAGAUUUUCCCCAAUUUUUUUUCCAAAGAAAGCAACUUUACCAAAAAAUACUUGAGAAAAAUGUCACUGUUAAAAACCCCCAAAAUGAUAUUAUCAAUGUCCGUCAUUUUUUGAUGAAAUAGAGUGCAUAAAUCAAUGAUGUUUGGCUGCGAAGAUAUUUCAAAUUUGUCCUUUCCUUUUUAUAGUGAACUUGUGAAUACUGGUUUUCUUCAAUAUUGAAGAAUAUGUGUGAAAAGGGAAUGAAGAGCGUCAUUUAAGCAUGUAAAGUUAGAAAUUUUUGUCAGACACUUUGCACAAGUAAAAAUGUGCCAAGUUGUUGGAAAUAGAUGUUUAUGGUUAUGCAAACAGGCAAAAUUAAGGCUUUACCUCAUGACGGCUAUGAACUGUGAUAAAUUCAUGAUAUAAAUUCAGGUUGAAAGUUGGAAGUAUUAUGAGAUCUGGAAACUUAUUCCAGAAAAAUUCUUCCAAGUAUAGAGUUCAAACCACAGGACCUUCUCCAGCACAGAGCAGGAGAUAGGAUUACAAAGUUUCAUGACAAUGGCAAAUAAUAUAAGUGUAUAUGCAAGGUACAUACUCAUUCGGUGUGAUAAAACUCCAAAAUAUGUUCACAGCAAGAAAAGAAGAGGGUAGGAAGAAAUUAUCCCAGAAUAUCAUACGUCUUUAAUGAGAGGGAUAAUGACCGUGUUAUUAUUUAUAAUCCCCUAAUCAGUAAAGUAAAAUACUAUCCUUAUGAGACCAGGAUAUUUACAAAAAUGUACAUAUAAUAUAUGCAUCAAAUGGGAUUUAUAUUCAAAUUAGAAAUAAUAAAACCAACAAUUAAAACAAAUAUUAUGCACGUCUAUUUACAUUCCACACAAGUUGUGGAUGGUUAUGAACCAUGGACCAAUGUUAUCCGUAUCGUACGAUACGGACGCGUAUCGUACGAUACGUAUCGUCCGUAUCAUCAUUUUCGAUACGGUACACCUAAUCAAUACGAUACGCGUAUGUAUCGUACGCGUAUCGCACGUAUCGUGCGAUACGGUGGGCGUAUCGCACGAUACGUGCGAUACACCCCCGUAUCGCACGAUACGGGAGUAAAAUUAAAAAAGGGGCCGUCGGGCCCCUUUUUUGCUUCUUAUUCUCAAACCGACGCUCCUCUCUCUCUCUCUUCUUGUUUCUCAACGCUGCCAGAGACGUGGGAUGGAGAGAUUUUCUCCAUUGCAUCAAGAUUUGCCGGUGAAGAAGCUUCAUUCCUCGUUGUGGGGAGUCUUGGGACGGUGGGAAGCUUGGAGAAAGAGGGUUUUUUGGUUUUUAACACCAAGAAGGUAAGAAAUAACUCAUUUUUGCCGUUGAAUCGUUCAUUUCUCUUAUUUCCUACAUUUAUUUGUAUGUUUUUACUUGUUUUGUAAAGAUAUAAUGUCGGAUCCUGCAUGGCAGUGGUGUACAAGGGUGAAUCCCAAAAAUAGAUUAAGAGUUAAGUGCAAUUAUUGUAAGCAAAUCAUAUCAGGAGGGAUUUCUCGCUUUAAACACCAUAUAGCUGGUACACACAGCGAUGUGGCUGCUUGCAAUGGCUCCCAAGAGAUCCCAUUGCCAGCGUAUGUAAAGCACCAGUGUCAGCAACUUCUUGAUGCAGUGAAAGCAAGUAGGAUUGAAAAGGACAUGGAAGAUGCGGAGGAAGGAUAUGGGGACCCACAUGAAGGAGAAGAAAGUGAAGGUGAAGAUGUUCAACUUGAACAAGAAGAUGUUGGUGUCAGUUUGGAAACAACUAAAGGGAAAGGCAUCAUGCAUGGUGGUGGUUCUUCUGCAACCAGAAAAAGAAGAGGUGCAAGUGUAAGUUCAGUUUCACGAGGACGUGGCAGAAGUCAGGGUCGUACUGGUGGUGGUAGAGUACCUACUAUGAAGUCGAGCAAUAUGUCUGGUUCGAUCAAGAAUUUUUUUCCCAAUUAUACUGUUGCUGGUGCUCAGCCUGAGAUUCGUAUAGCCAUGCAAUCAAAGGAUACUAUUGAAGCAGCAGAUGAAACCAUAGGAAGGUGGUUCUAUGAUGCAUCCAUUCCCUUCAAUGCAGCAAACUCUUAUCAUUAUCAGCCUAUAGCAGAUGCGAUUGCUAGUGUAGGGCGAGGGUAUAAAAUGCCCUCUUUUCAUAAAUUGCGAGGUAAAAUUCUCAACAAUAUAGUUAGAGAUGUGAAGACAUAUUGUGAUGAACUAAAAUUGAGCUGGAAAGCUACAGGAUGCAGUGUAAUGGCAGAUGGGUGGACAAACAUCAAGAACAGAACAUUGGUAAACUUCCUUGUAUAUUGCCCUCUUGGUACUAUGUUCUUAAAAUCUGUUGAUUUGUCUGAUACUCCUAAGACUGCUGAUGUGUUGUUUGGGAUUUUUGAUAAAGUUAUAGAAGAAGUUGGGCCUGAAAAUGUCGUACAAUUUAUCACUGAUAAUGCAGCAAAUUAUAAAGCUGCAGGUGAAAUGUUAGCAGCACGAUAUGGGACAUUUUAUUGGAGUCCAUGUGCUGCUCACUGUGUAAAUCUUAUGCUUCAGGAUCUUGGUGAAAGGGAUGAUAUGAAGUUGACAGUUCACAGAUGCCAAGAAAUCACGAAGUUUAUUUACAAUCAUGCUUAUGUCUUGAAUUUGAUGAGGAAAUUCACAAAUGGGGCUGAAUUGAUUCGACCUGCACAAACACGGUUUGCUACAAAUGUUUUGACUGUGCAGGGUAUAGUCAAGCAAAGAACUUCUCUCAGGCAGAUGUUUUCAAGUGAUGAUUGGGCUGCAUAUCCACAUGCCUAUAAAAGAAAGGCUACGACAGUUGUGGAUACCAUCUUCGAUGUUGACUUUUGGGAAUCAUGUGUGCACUUAUUGAAGAUUUGUGUACCUCUAGUGAAAGUCCUCAGUUUAGUUGAUAGUGAAGAUAGACCUUCUAUUGGAUAUUUAUACGAGUCUAUGGAUAGAGCCAAGGAGGCCAUUAGAGAUAAUAUGAAGGGAAAAAAGAAGUUGUACAUGCCUAUAUGGAAGAUUAUAGAUGAAAGGUGGUCUGGACAACUUCAUCGCCCACUUCAUGCAGCAGCCUACUACCUAAAUCCUGCUAUUAGAUAUCUUCCCACUUUUAAGAAGGACAGAGAGGUCGAGUAUGGCAUGUUGGAUUGCAUUGAUGUGUUAGUAAGUGACAGUAAAGAACAAGACGCUAUCCAUAUGUCGAUCAACAAAUAUGAUACGGCUUCUGGUACCAUGGCGAGAGACACAGCAGUUCGAUGCAGGACAACUAUGCAUCCAGAUUUGUGGUGGGAAAGGUUUGGGCCUGAUUGCCCAGAAUUAAGGAAGCUUGCAAUUAGAAUCCUCAGUCAAACAAGUAGUGCAACUGGAUGUGAAAGAAAUUGGAGUGUAUUUCAGCACAUCCAUAGUAAGAAGAGGAAUAGGCUGGAACAUAAAAGGUUGAAUGACCUUGUUUAUGUUCGUUAUAAUAUGAAGUUGAGACAAAGGCAACUAGAAACAACAUCUACGAGGAAGCAUCACAAUCAAUAUGAUCCUAUCUUCAUUGACCAUUUUGAUAUAUUAGAUUCUUGGGUUGAAGAAGAACCAGCUGCAAUACUUGAUGAGGACGAUCUUGAUUUUUUGAAUGUUGAAGGAGCAGCAGAGAUUGUUGAAGAAGGAGAGGUUGGGUCGGAGCAAUGGAAUGUUGGUGACAUUCCAUUUGCAACAGAGGGGAUAGAAGAAGAAGUUAUUGAAGAAAAUGAAGAUGAUGAUGAAGAAUGAAGAUGAUGAUGCAAAUGACGAUUGACGAUGCUUUUUGUUUUGAGUUUUGAAAACUAUGUCAAUAUGUUCUGAGUUUUGACUUCUGAACUUAUGAAUUGUGAUGUAAUUGAAUACUCUUAGGUUGUUUAGUAUGUUAUUUUGUUUUUUGAAUGUUUGAUUUCUUAUUUUGGAAUGUCUUGUUCAUAUGCAUACCUCAUACUUCAUAGUUCAUAUACAUGAAUGAUGAAUGUUCCUUUACUUUAAAUACAUUUUUCUUGAAUUUUUCUGAUUUUUACUAGUUUUUUCGGAUUUUUUUAGAUUUUUUCUGAUUUUUUUCUAUUUUUUAUAAAUUUUUAAUAUUUUUUACAAAUUAAAAAAUUAAUUUUACGAUACGUUACGAUACAUUUACGCUA